CGGCAGCUCGUGGUAAGAACGACAAAUUGGUUUCUGUAGGACUUCUUGAGGAUUAUCGGAGCGACAGCAAUGGCAGCUCCACCCUUCAAGGUCAAGGCUGUGUAUGAGUACACCAGCGAGCAUGACGACGACCUGAAGUUUCCCAUUGGACAAAUCAUCAAUGUUGUAGAACUGGAAGGCGACGACUGGUACGUGGGCGAGUAUACCGAUGCUGCAGGAGCACAUAAGGAAGGCCUGUUCCCAAGCAACUUUGUGGAGAGAUACGAGCCAGCGGUGCCUGUCAGGCCUACAAGAGCCGCGAGGCCGAAGAGCGUGCAGUCUCCUCCCGUGCCGGAGUCUGUGGAGCGCGGAGCAGAAGAGGAUGUGCCUCCCCUUCCGGCAGCAUCGAAGCCACAGGCGCCCUUAGUGGAUACUCCAGCAGAACCACCAACCGUCGUAAAAGAAGAAGCACCCUUACCACCACAACCUACCGCUGGAACGACGCCCACAGCGCGAGCAGAGCCCCCGCCAGCGCCAAAGCCGGCACAUGUGGAGCCUGCGCAAACAGCUUCAACUCCAUCGAAAGCUGGGCCGCCCCCUGUAGCACCCAAGUCCAAUGCAUUCAAAGACCGGAUUGCCGCCUUCAACAAGACGGAACAGGCACCUCUAGCGCCUAUCGGCCCAGGAAGGCAGCAGCCACGCAAUGACUAUAUCAAGAAGCCGUUUGUGGCACCACCACCAAGCAGUAACGCAUAUGUGCCGCCGGCGCAGAAGGCAGAGCCUGUGCACAGGCCGUACAUUCGUGAGGAGGAUCCUGAGAUCAAGCAGCGGCAAGAGGACGACAGAGCAGCGGCGGAAGCAGCAGGUUUGACAGGAGAGUGGCAUACUUCGCCAGUAGAAGAGGACGAGGAUGCGCCAAAGCCAAUGAGCUUGAAGGAGCGGAUGGCAAUGCUGCAGAGGGAGCAGGAGGCGGCGCGCACACGGCAGGCAGAGACUUCGCACAAGAAAGAACGGAAGCCACCGGCACAGAAGCCUGCUGAGCAUGUGGAGGGAGAAGAGGCAGAGGAUGCAGGGGACGAGCUGGAGCGCGUAUCGACCACGCGACAAUCCAUGGAAGUGCCGAGAGAGAGACCUCGAGUACCUUCUGCGCAGAGGCGGCCGGUGGAGCCCAUGUCUCCUGUACAUGCCGUUCCGGCGCAUGAGAUUCUGAGCGGUGGAGAAGAAGCUGAUCAGUCAGCUGCAGGCGAGACUACAGAGGAUGACACUGGCACGACCGGGCCGGAAGAUAGUGACGACAGGCCUGCUCCGCUACUGAGGGCACCUGCUGCACCAAUGCACGAGCCAGACGUGGGUGAUGAGGAAGGUGUCGCCGACGAGGAGGAUGAAGAGGACGAGCUGGACGAAGAAGAGCAGCGCAAGCAGCGGCUACGCGAGCGCAUGGCAAGACUAGCAGGCGGACAGCAAGGUGGCGGCCCAUUCAACCCUUUCGGUAUGCCUGCCACAGCUGCGCCCACGAAGAAACGAUCGACCAAGGAGAAGGCGAUGAGCGAGGAAGGUGCGCCACCAUCUGCACCACAGAUACCGCAAAUGGUUGCCAUUCCAGGCAUGGGUGGCGCGCCGCCACCAACCAUGCAGAGUCCAAAGUCUGAUCAAACACAAAGAGCGUUCGGCCUAGAUGAGCAGCAGGCGGAAGAUGAUGAUGACGAGGCGCGGAUAGCGCCACCAAGGCGCGCAGGCACCGACGGGCGAAGUGCGCCGCCUCCCAUGCCCACAGAUCGUUCCGUCCCUCCAGCUCCGAACGAGGAGAGAGUCGCGCCUUCUGCAAUACCAAGCGAAAGCUCACGGCCCACACCUCGCCCGCCACCCAUCGAUGCUCGGCCUGUACCACCACCUCCGCCUGUUGCGAGCAUUGUGUCUCCUGGUCCUGGGUCGGAGUCCGAUGAUGAGAUGUCAAUGCACGCUAAACGAUCGUCAGCGGAGACGUCCGGGGUUGAGACGCCUUUACCCAUCCGGACAGCAGUGCCACCAGUACUACCUAGCAGAGAUGCCAUGGCUGAGCAACGGCAGUCGCCCAGCUCGGCCACUUCGGAGAAGAGAGCGAGCCGCCUGCCUCCACCAAUACCUGGAGAUAGCCCGGUAACUUCAAGGCCGCCGCCUCCGUUACCACCAUCUGCCCCAAUCUCGAGACAAGUGACUGAUCUGCAAUCUCAAAUCCACGAUGAGACAGAACGUGGUGAGAGCGAUUACGAAGGCGAUUACGACACCGACAUUGCGUCGAGUGUGAAGCACAAAGAUGCACUCAAAUCACACGUGCGGGAACCCAGCUUAGACGACAGCACCACAGCGGACGAAAUGCCACCGUCUCUACCACACGCCGCCGCCCCUCAGCCGCCCGCGACAAGAGCAGUGCCACCGCUCCCUCCAGUAUCUGCACCUAGGACUCGACCUUCAAUGGACACGCCUAGAGCACCUCCGCCGGUACCGCCACCCACACGAGACUCUACCAAUGAUGACUACGACCCGUACACUUAUGAGAGCAGAGCGCCACCGCCUGUGCCCAGUGCUGUUCCAGUCGCGGCACCACCGGUCCCACCCGACAAUGUCGACAUACAGGAAGAGAGUUCAGCUGACGACGUACCUCCUCCUGCGGCACCACCGCCUACCCGCAAGUCGAUGGAUCGGCCACCGCCACCGCCACCUGCUGAGAUUGAGCGACCUCCGCCUAUGCCGCCUAUAGCUCAACCGGCUCCACCGCCACCAGCACGAGCACCAACUCAGCCGCGGCAGUCGAUGGACGUGCAACGCACAGGCAGCGUAGCAAGGCGGUCACUCGAACAGGGACGGUCGGCUGGCGAGAUGGGUCGGAUCGCGCAUGACAUUGACUUGGCGCAUCACACUCAUUGGUGGACCGCGUCACAGCCUCUACCGCCUCAAUUGCAAAGCCGCAACGGCAUUGAGAUUCUGUCAGAAAGCGAAGAAAGCCAGAAGUCAAAGCGUGGCGGACGCACGACGAUCAGCAAAGAUGUCUACAUCUUAUACAUGGACUACAGCCAAACCGUCAUCACCGCCCAGUACGAUUCAAAAGACCCAGCAGACGUUAUCCUAGAGCAACGACACGAACCGCCGCCUUCUAAGCUUCGUCAGGACCAACUGGAGGCAUACUGGCAGCGCUUCGGCAGCAAGAUCGCCCAUGCCGCAAACGCUGCCGGCAACAGCAAGAAGGACAAAGACACGCAUGUGUUCGGUGACGGCUCACCAGCAGCCCUACCGUACGACCUCAUCCGCUCACUCCCUGACGCCCUUUUGCCAGUUGGCACUCGCGCCUACGGCGCCCUCGUCUACGCCAACCUUGCCAACGCCAGCACGCAGCAGUUCGACGAAAUACGACCCGGCGACAUCAUCACGCUGCGCAAUGGCAAGUUUGAAGGCCAUCAUGGCGCGAUGAGGCAGAAGUACAAGGUCGAAUACGGUGUCUUUCAUGUCGCUGUGGUGGAGGAGUGGGAUGGAACGAGGAGGUCUGUGAGGGCUUGGGAGCAGGGCCGGGAGCAGGGGAAAAAGGGUGGGGUGAGGAGUGAGAAGUUCCGGUUGGGCGAUUUGAGGAGUGGAGAGGUUAGGGUGUGGAGGGUUGUGGGGAGAGAUUGGGUUGGGUGGGAGAACUAAGGGGUAGUAAGCACGCUAUCGUGGCUGCUGUCUAGCGUAAGUCAAUGAGCACGACUUGUGGAUAUAGUGCCGUAAUGGACGGUAACUUGCGUUGCAUCAUUGUGCACGCAGUAGGGUUGGAGAACCGUAGCAUACCUCACAUGAAGCGGCAUGGUCACCCUUGCGAACACACAGCCCAUUUUGGAGCCCUCAUUCCUCGCUCAUGAGCUUCCGUCUCGGGUCGG